UAACACUUUUAUCAAAUCGACUUUUAACCUACAUAUGAUUUAUAUAAAUCUAUAGAGAGCUUCAUGAGAUCAAUACGUCUUGUGUUUUAGUGCUGGUGAUACCGGAUUUUUAUUCUAAAAUAUUAGUUUUGAAUAUGGCGAUACCUAACAAGUCGCUGAGAAUAAUAAUUAUUUCCAUCAUACUAGUAAUAAUAUCCUACAAAACUACAGCAAAACCGGCAGAUUGGCAUCCAAAACAUUACUGUGAGGUAGCUGAUGCUACGAAACGUGAAAUGUGCCAGAGAUGUGCAAAGCAGACGAAAUCGAGCCUAGUUUAUCCAAUGUGCUGUAACGAAGAAGACGAAGUUCAUAGUUGGUGUUAUAAAUAUAUCAAUUAUGGUAAAAUGAUAUAAGACGUCGAUACUUUCCAAUUAACAGAAAUCUAUCAGUUCAGUGUGAUAAUAAUGAUUUACGGGAUAAUUUUUUAGUCAUAUUUUUAAUUAUGUGCUUUAUAUAAUCACGGGUAUUUAUUAUUGGUAAUUUUUAUUAUUAAGAUGAUUUUUUUUAAAUUAAUUAAAUCGAGUUGUACUAAGUUGAAAUUUCUGGACCGUUGGUGAUAUUCAUACUGAACACACUGUUUACACCACCACUACAACAACACUCACAAUAUUAUCAUCUUCAGACACUGAAGGUAGAGUUCUCUGAAGACGAUAACUUGGUUAUCUAAGCGCGCAACAGUGUAAUUGUGAAUGUUAAUAUAGUGGUGGUGUAAACAGUGUGUUCAGUAUCGUAUGGCGCAUUUCAAACCGAGAGAUAUGAAAAACUAGCUAAUAGUUCAAUGAAGAUGUAUCAAUUUUAAAUGUUUUCAUUAAAAAGAAAAUUUCCACAAGCAUAUAUACGCAAGAUUCGAGCAAUUAACUUCGGCCUCUGUUUUUUGGCGCAUUUUUCACUCCAUUACAUGUAUUACCGAAUGCUCUCAUUACACGAUCUUCGUGUUCACCCUAUUUUCCUUAAUUUGAUAUCCACUGGAAUAUUUUCUUCGGUAAUUUGUUUUCAUCCAUUCAUGGGAUGCCUGAACCAUUCAAGAAAUUUUCUUCCAUCCUAUCAUUAUUUCCUUGAUACACUCAUACACUGUCAAAAAAUCUCCGUUUUGUGUUGAAUUUAUGAUCCAGAACUCAUCCAAACAUGGCACUGUCUCUUGUAAUUAUUUCCUUUUGGUGUCCCUUGGAAUAUGUUCUCACAAAUCCAAUUUUUUUUGCAUUUUUUUGUUCGCACAAACGUCCCUUUUACUUUGAAAUAUGUUUUAUGUCUACAUUAAAAUUUAUUGAUACCAAAAUUGGCUUCUGAUUAACCAGUAAAAGUUCGGUUUUAAUAAUAAUUAUCUACAAUCCCCCCAGUUGAAGUAUGUUACACUUACCUUGUUCAGCAUGAAUUCUAGGUCAUAGGAGUUUUGUGGUCAUCUGCAAAGCUCAGUACACAAAUGUUUUAGCUAGCAUAAGUUCGAUAUUCAUCAUGUUUUGCACUUGCUAGUGAUGUUUCAUUCCCAAAAUCAAUCCAACAGAGUUUAUUUUAAAGAAUAGUAUUGUUUUCAUAUGUUACUUUAGUGUAUGUUGACAAAUUGCUUUUCUUUCUUCUACAAUUCGUGCCAGAAAUUGCUGAACAAUAUUUUAUAAAAUUAAUACAAGUAUUGCAAACAAAAUUACUUUCAAUUUAUACAGGAAAUUAUUAUUGAAAAUCAUCUUAUAAUAGUAUGGUAGUUAUUAUAUAACUAUACGUAAUAUAUAAUCUUUCGUAAUAUGAUAUUUUUGAGAGAAAAAUUGACCUUGUUGUUAAUUGAUCCAGAUAAUGAACAUAAUCAUUUUCAUAAAAAUUAAUUACACCCAUUAACAUUAUUAUAUAAAUGGAAAUGGGUGAAAGUUAUUCUGGCUGUGAUUGUGCGUUUGUUUUACCCUUAAAUUUUUAUACUGUUAUUUAUUGUUAUAUUAGAUUAUAAUAUUAUGUAAUAAAUUUUAUAUUCAGAA